AUGGUGAACGUUCCAAAAACGAAGAAGACAUACUGCAAGAGUAAGGAGUGCAGGAAGCACACGCUGCACAAGGUUACCCAAUACAAGAAGGGCAAGGAUAGCAUUGCUGCCCAGGGAAAACGCCGUUAUGAUCGCAAACAAUCCGGUUAUGGUGGACAAACUAAGCCUGUCUUCCACAAGAAGGCUAAGACGACCAAGAAGAUUGUCUUGAGGUUGCAAUGUCAGGGUUGCAAGCAUGUCUCCCAACACCCAAUUAAGAGGUGCAAGCACUUUGAGAUUGGUGGUGACAAGAAGGGCAAGGGAACAUCUCUUUUCUAG